UUCGAAAAUGUUCACUUAUAAGGUUUAAUAUCAUAAACACAAACUGAAUAAUAAAUAACUUAAUAACUACAACUUCAAAUGCUUUAAAGUUGCUCUACAAUCACCUCAAAAUAAUGUCUUUAAAUUUUUCAAAUGUACAAGUAUCGCAUGAAAUUAAAUUCCCGCCUGAUGAAUGUUCAAUCCAUGUGAAAAAUAUGGAACAUGCAGUUGGAUUUCUACGUGGUUAUAUUAGUCCUAUAAUUGUCCUAUUCGGUGUAUUUGGAAAUAUGUCAGCAUUUUAUUUAUUUUUAACGCAUAAACCAUUUAAUCGUUUUUCAAUUUAUGUUAUGACACUAGCUAUCUCCGACAGUCUUGUCCUCAUAUCGAAUACAUUUUUGGAUGAUUUUCUCGGUCGUGGAUUAUACUAUCUAACAAAUGAAAGAAUUAUGAUAAAAUUAGACACCUACUCAUUAACAUCAUGUCGUAUCAUGGAGUUGAUUGGUUGUUGGUUUGUAUUCAAUUCCGGUUGUCUACUUGUAGCAUUCAGUAUAGAUCGAGUGAAUUGUUUAUUUUGGCCGCUGAGAUGUCGAUCAGACGGCGGAAUUGGUAUAGCAACGUUGGCUUGUAGUUUUAUUAUUGUCAUUGGGUUUAUUUUAAGUAUCCCGUAUGCAAUGUUACAAAAAUUAACUGAUAAGACUUCAUCGUCAACAUCAUCAUCAGUGGAGACAACGAUAAAUACUACUACUACUACUUUUUAUGCAAAUAUUAGUAGUACAGGUAAUAUUACUGCAAAUAAUGAGAUGCAAUUGUAUAAUUUAUACUCAUUUAAUUGUUCAAAUUGUACUACUACUACUCAUCAUAUCGAAAUGCCAAUGAAACAUGAGAGUCCCUCGACUUCGUUAGCCUGUGCUCUGGCAACUGACAAUCAAUUUGGAGGGAAAGAACUACUCUCUUUUGUAUUUAGUACUGUAUUAACUUAUAUGGUUCCAUGUAUUCUACUCGUAUUUAUCAAUUCAAUCAUUCUGAUUAAAUUAAUUAGUGUUAAAACACGUCGACGUAUACUCUGCAAAAGAGAACAUACAAAUGCACAUUUAAUCAAUUGGACUAGCAAUGGAAAGUCAAAUAUUACACCACAGAAUGAUCCAACAUCACCGACUAAAGCGUUAACAUCUGCACUGGCUACAAUGCUAUUAAAGCGUCGAAGACAUACUAUUCUAGAAGAUCGUAAAGAACUUGGACGAGUUGUAGCCUUGUUAUUAUUAUCAUGUUUUUAUUUAUGCUUUACAUUUCCAGUGAGUAUAAGUUUAACAAUACGUGCUAGUUUAAAUGAUCAACAUGACAAAUGUGUACAUACACUUUAUGCACAUUUAUCAAGACUAUUGACAUCUAUAAAAGAUAUUAAUUAUGCACUGAAUGGUUAUACAUAUGCACUAUUUUUUCAAUUUUAUCGUCAUAAAUUACUAAAGUUUUUUACAUGUAAAUUUACUAAUGCUGCUAAUAACAAUAAUACUUACUAUACUCGUCGUGAUGGAAAUACAGCCACUGGUUCAAGGAAUAAUAGACGAAAAUCCUCAUCGACUACGUGAACAAUUCACGCCGAAAUUUGUUUCAAAGUGAAGAUAAUGAGAAUAAAAAUAAUAUUAAAUAACAAAUUUAGGUUUUUUACAAUCCUAUCAACCAAAACAGCAAACCACAUCACUUUUGUCUCAUAUUGAACACACUGA